UCAGUGCUGAGUCUCAGUGCGGGGAGAGAAAGGGCGCACAAGUGUAGUCAGGAAGGCAGGGAGGCAAGGAGCCAGCUGAAAUGUCGGAGAGUGGGAGUCAGGAAGCGACCGCCGGGGACCCGAACGGCAGCGGAACCCCGACAAAGCGGGGACCGCGAACGGAUGUCGGCAACAAAGUAACCGUGGUGCUCGGGGCUCAAUGGGGCGAUGAAGGAAAGGGAAAAGUUGUGGAUCUGCUGGCACAAGAUGCGGAUAUGGUGUGCAGAUGUCAGGGCGGUAACAACGCAGGACACACGGUGGUCGUCGACUCAGUGGAGUACGACUUUCACCUCCUCCCCAGCGGCAUCAUCAACCCCAAGGUUACUGCCUUCAUUGGAAACGGUGUUGUGAUCCACCUUCCCGGCCUGUUUGAAGAGGCAGAAAGGAAUGAACGCAAAGGAAAAAGUCUAAAAGGCUGGGAGCAAAGGCUGAUCAUCUCAGACAGAGCACACAUCGUGUUUGACUUCCACCAAGCGGUUGAUGGCAUUCAGGAACAGCAGAGACAAGAGCAAGCAGGCAAGAAUCUGGGAACAACAAAGAAGGGGAUUGGACCAGUGUACUCGGCCAAGGCAGCUCGUAGUGGCCUCCGAAUAUGUGACCUACUGGCUGACUUCACUCAGUUCUCUGAAAGGUAUAAAGUAUUGGCCCAGCAGUACAAGUCUAUGUACCCAACUCUGGAGAUUGAUAUCGAGGGAGAGCUGAUUAAAUUAAAGGACUAUGUGGAGCGGAUUAAGCCCAUGGUAAGAGAUGGUGUGCACUACAUGUACGAGGCUCUUCACGGUCCUCCAAAGAAGAUCCUGGUAGAAGGAGCUAACGCAGCACUGCUGGACAUAGACUUUGGUACGUACCCAUUUGUGACGUCAUCCAACUGCACGGUGGGCGGGGUCUGCACCGGGCUCGGUAUGCCGCCUCAAAACGUCGGGGAGGUGUACGGCGUCGUCAAGGCAUACACCACCAGAGUGGGCAUCGGAGCGUUCCCCUCAGAGCAGAGCAACGAGAUCGGAGAGCUGCUCCAGACUCGAGGAAAGGAGGUGGGCGUCACCACAGGCAGGAAGAGACGAUGUGGUUGGCUGGAUCUGGUGCUCAUCAAAUAUGCACACAUGAUUAAUGGCUUCACAGCUUUAGCACUCACCAAACUCGACAUAUUGGAUGUGUGCCCGGAAAUCAAAGUGGGCGUGGCCUACAAAGUCAACAACCAAACUAUACCUCAUUUUCCAGCCAAUCAGGAGGUGUUGCAUCGCGUUGAGGUCCAGUACGAGACGCUGCCCGGUUGGAACAGCGACACCUCGGCUGUUAGAAGCUUCGAGGAGCUGCCUGAAAACGCCCAGAAAUACGUUUGCUUCAUCGAGGAGCACGUGGGAGUGCCUGUCAAAUGGAUCGGAGUGGGCAAGUCUCGGGAGUCCAUGAUCCAGCGGUUCUAGACAGAGGGAGGAGGGACAAACUCAAGCAGAGAGGAUGGAUGAACAGCAGUGACUCACCUCGACCUUCAGCCUACUGAUCUACCUGUCUUAAACUCUCCCGACUAAAGACACGACCACUACGUCUGUUCUUAACGCUCUGCACCUGUCGGACUCUACCGUGUCUAGACCAGACUCACCUCCUCACUUGAGCAGCUCCAUGUGCGUUUUUAACAGUUGUAAACUUUAGGGUAACAACCUCCACGAUCAAGUCUCUAUUUACUUUGUCCCAGUUUAUACCACAGCCUUUUAUUUCAGCCACGCGACACCAGCUGCCCUCAGGACUGAGAGAGGACAUGAGGGACACGCACACUCACACACACACUGACCACAGGAACUGCCCACAGGCGUUUGCUUGGUGGAACUUAAUUAAUGUUCUUUCUUUUUUUGUUGUUCAUCUAUACUGUGUUCAAAUGCACUGUGCCAAUCUGGUGUGAA